GGUUGAUUUUUGAUGUGUAUAUAUAUGUGAAGUGGUGAUUUGAAGCUAGCAUUAGUCAGACAACUCCACCUUCUCUCUCCCUAGCUAUUUAUAAAUACAAAUCUCUCUCUGUCUCUCUUGCUACAUAAUUUAUAUUGCUGAUUAAACUUGCAUUGAAUUAGUGUAAGUGUAUACAUAAUAUUUGAUAACAAAUACAAGAAAGUAUCAAGGGAGAUAAUGGGGAGGCAACCAUGCUGUGACAAAGUUGGUUUGAAGAAGGGACCAUGGACUGCUGAUGAAGAUAAGAAGCUCAUCAACUUUAUUCUCACUAAUGGCCAAUGCUGUUGGAGAGCUGUUCCUAAACUUGCAGGACUGCUGAGGUGUGGUAAGAGCUGCAGGUUGAGAUGGACAAACUAUCUGAGACCGGAUUUAAAGAGAGGGUUGUUAUCGGAAUAUGAGGAGAACUUGGUCAUUGACCUCCAUUCUCAACUUGGCAAUAGAUGGUCCAAGAUUGCCUCUAAUCUUCCUGGGAGAACUGAUAAUGAGAUUAAGAAUCAUUGGAAUACACAUAUUAAGAAAAAAUUAAGGAAGAUGGGAAUUGAUCCUCUGACUCACAAGCCACUACCACCACCUCCUCCUCCACCAGAACCAGCUCAAGACCAACAAAAUCCCAAGUCACCUGAAGUGCUAGAGACAGUGACUAUUCAAGAAGAUGAGAACCAGAGCCUUUCAGAAGCUGAUCCAUCAAUGGAAGUCAUAAACAAUGGUUUUUGCACAGAUGAAGUGCCUCUAAUAGAGCCUCAUGAGAUUCUUGUUUCAGAGUCCUCUGUGCCUUGCUCCUCAUCUUCAACCUCUACUUCAUCAACCACAAAUAUUAACAACUUACUUGAAGAUUUGGAGUUUUUGCCAAGUUUUGAAUGGCUUAAUGGUGAUGCUUGCACACCAAAUAACUUGGGAUUCUGGGAUAUGCAUGAUGACUUCAACUACAUGGAUUUGCUAAAUAAUGAUAUUGACACAGCUGACAGAAAUAAUGAUAUUUUUACUGUGAAUCCUCCCCUUCCUCCUCCUCCUGCUGCUCAUCAUGAUUUUAACCAGUACUCAAGAAUGGUAAUGGAUGAAGAAUCUUGGAAGUUUGAGCUCAUGUGAGGGGACUUGCUAAUUUUUAAUAUUUUUUUUCAUGUUUUUUUUUUGUGUAAUUUUGUUUGUUUAAUGUAGAGUUUAGAGAAUGAAUAAAUGAGGCUGAGAAAGUAAAGCUGUCGCUUUGUAAUUAGCAGAAAGGAAAGAUUAUCUUGGUAGUUAACCUUUGCUAAUACUUACUUAGAUGAAUGCAGAUGUAAUUCAUGUAUAAGGGUUCACUGUAAUUAUUUUACCUUAUUCAUAUCUUAUCUUUUCUUUACUGGAAA